CUCCAACGACACCGUUUGCUAUCCCUGCAAGCGCGUUUAGAACCCCGAGUUCUUUCCAGGGAUUCCCCCAAGCCUGUCUCCACUCUUCAGCAACCACCCAACCAGAGCUCUUGGGUAGGAGAGAGGCGAGGGAACGGAGCGGAGGAGAAUUUUGCACCUGCUCUGGGAACCCGCAGAGAGAAGUGAGGUAAGUAGUCAGAACAGCCCCCGAAGUGGAGUCGACGUCCCCUGAUCAUGCCCCGGUGAGGGGUUUGGACUUCGAGGGCAACUUGUAGCGGGACUACCCGGGUUUAAUAACCCCCCCAGCGAGCCGGGAGCUUCCAGCCCCGGGGCCCAGAACAGCGCGUCGCGGCCCGGCGGGGGGCUGUCGUCUAUGUCUUCUUGGGGCGCCCGGCGGAUCGGGAUCUGUCUUUUGCACCAAGAGCCCAGCUCUGGUGGCUUCUUCAGGUGGCUGCCACCGCCGCCUCCUCUGCCCGCAUUGCUGCCGCCUUUUGGAAGAGACACCGGCAAGCGGGGAGACCUCCGGGACAGCGAGGCAUCGGACAUGUGUCAGCACAUCUGGGGUGCCCAUCCGUCGAGCCCGAGGGAGGAUUUGCCGGAACAAUUCAAACUGCGAUAUUGAUUUCGGAGGAGGUGACUGUCCCUUGGCCGGCGGUCGGUCGGUCGGUCGGUCGGGUGGGAGUCGCGAGUGGUGCGCGCUCGCUCCGAAGUGUGUGCGGCGUGUAUAUGUGUGUGCGCCGCGUCGGGCCCCCCUCCCCCGGCCCCCCCUGUUUUCCCGUCGAGUGAUGCACUUGGAAUGAGAAUCGGAGGAUGGAAAUAGUCUGGGAGGUGCUUUUUCUUCUUCAAGCCAAUUUCAUCGUCUGCAUAUCAGCUCAACAAAAUUCACCAAAAAUCCAUGAAGGCUGGUGGGCAUACAAGGAGGUGGUCCAGGGAAGCUUUGUUCCAGUUCCUUCUUUCUGGGGAUUGGUGAACUCAGCUUGGAAUCUUUGCUCCGUGGGAAAACGGCAGUCACCAGUCAACAUUGAAACCAGCCACAUGAUCUUCGAUCCCUUUCUGACGCCCCUUAGAAUCAACACUGGGGGCAGGAAGGUCAGUGGGACCAUGUACAACACUGGAAGGCAUGUGUCCCUGCGUCUGGACAAGGAACACUUGGUCAACAUUUCAGGAGGACCCAUGACAUACAGCCAUCGGCUUGAGGAGAUCCGGCUUCACUUUGGGAGUGAAGACAGCCAAGGAUCAGAGCAUCUCCUCAAUGGACAGGCCUUCUCUGGGGAGGUGCAGCUCAUCCACUAUAACCAUGAGUUAUAUACAAAUGUUACAGAAGCUGCAAAGAGCCCAAAUGGAUUGGUGGUAGUUUCUAUAUUUAUAAAAGUUUCUGAUUCAUCAAAUCCAUUUCUUAAUCGAAUGCUCAACAGAGAUACUAUCACAAGAAUAACAUAUAAAAAUGAUGCCUAUUUACUACAGGGACUUAAUAUAGAGGAACUAUAUCCAGAGACCUCUAGUUUCAUUACUUAUGAUGGGUCGAUGACUAUUCCACCUUGCUAUGAGACAGCCAGUUGGAUAAUAAUGAACAAGCCUGUCUAUAUAACCAGGAUGCAGAUGCAUUCCUUACGCCUACUCAGCCAGAAUCAGCCAUCUCAGAUAUUUCUGAGCAUGAGUGACAACUUCAGGCCUGUCCAGCCACUCAACAACCGCUGCAUCCGCACCAACAUCAACUUCAGUUUACAGGGGAAGGACUGUCCAAACAACCGAGCUCAGAAGCUUCAGUAUAGAGUAAAUGAAUGGCUCCUCAAGUAAGGAAUUAAGCCAAGAAGAAUCCCACCUCAGUGAAAUGCUACAACUGUGAAUUGACGUAACCUAGAAUGUUCCCCUUCUUCUCUCUCCUUCCCUCCCUCAAAUCUCUUUCACUCUUUGGAUUGGCCCUUUCUUCAUGAAAAGUCUACAAAACCAUGGCAGAGGAGCACAGAUCUUAUAGACAGACACACAUACACACAUGCACAAAUAUACAAGCACACAGACAUGCACACACAUGCAAAUACACAUGCACACAAACAAAUGCACAGAGACAAAUGCACACAGCCUCCAAGAUGAGCAGUCAGGUUUCAGAAACUGGCUCAUUCCUCAGAGGUCUUAGAAGAAAAUAACCAUUUAAUCUGAUUACAAUUUUGAUACCGUUUUCAUGAACUAGUAAAUUUAUUCAAUGAGACUUUCAGCCUUUGUACAUACAAAAAUUCUUCCAAAAGAGAGAGGAGAAACCACUUAUCCCCCUGACAGCAUCAAGCGGACUUUGUUCUCUGCAUCAAAUAAUCUCAGAGAGGGCCCUCAGGUCCUUCCAGGGUGCUGAUGACCAGUGAACCAGGAUAAAGUUGACCAAGGAUGCUUAUUUCUAGAUUAUGAUUCUUCUGUUUACUCAACAAUUUAAAAAAGAAGAAAGGACAAACAUCGAAGAGAAACACAUUGUAUAUAUUUAUCACCGCAAACUAUCAAGAAAUGGAAUUAUUUCCCCCCUGUCACAUAUCUGUAGUAGGAUUUGCCAAGAUCAGAAUUGAUCCAUUUGCUGUUUCUUGUUUUUCAAAGCCAAUUCAUUGUGUUUGGUUAUUGUUCACAGUUCAAUAAAUGUGUUUAACAACUUCAUUUCAUUUUUUUUUUCUGGCUUUGGUCCUUUCUCUUUCCUGAUAGGCUCAGCCCUGGCUCCAUGCACCUGCAUUCUUUGAUUUCACUCAUCUCGUCAACUGUUUUAGAUUGUUUGGUUUUUGUUUAUUUUUUUUUGGUUUUGUUUUCUUUUUCUUUUUUUUUCCCAGCCAGUUUUGACUGAGUUUGUGGCAAUCAGGAAUGCAUUUGCUAAGCAAGUAUAACUUUAAUUCCACUUCAUGGCUCGAUUAUUCAUAUGAGGUGAGCUUCAGCCUACCAUAGCAGGCGACUGAUUUUCUUGCGUUUCAAAAACUGCCAUACUGCCCCCACCCCUGUGAUGCUCCCUUGAAGGAAUGCAUUUUGCCUUGUCAAUUCCUGGAAUAAGGGGUGUCUUUUCUCUCCGGCUGCAGCUGGAUCUCACAAAGUACAAACGAAUGCCUUUCUUUUCUUGUUUCUAAUGGUCACUCACUGUGUUUGGUUACUGUCAAGAUAUCAAUAAAUGUGUUUAACAAGUUA